CCAAUACGUAACACAAAUUUUCAAAUACCGGAUGUAUCCUUUCGAGAUAUCGAUAUCUGAUAUUAGUGAACAAUAAAAAUCAUAUGAUUGUUGAGGGUGUAGUAAAUUACGAGUAGUAAGUAAAUUUCUUUUUAGAUUACUUCGUACAAAAAGAAAAUAACUUUGGCAAAAAAAUGAAGAUAUGUGGACCUAAAUAUGCCCUAUGUGGCUUAAUAUUAUCUGUUUGGGGUAUAUUUCAAUUACUCCUGAUGGGAAUAUUCUUUUAUACCAAAAGUGUAGCUUUAGUAGAAGAUCUUCCGAUGGAAGAAUCUAUAGAUUUCAAAAAAGCUACAGAGUUCUAUGCUGCAGCGGAUAGGGAGUAUUACACUGCAUUAAUUACAAUGGAAAAUGAACAGAUUGUAACUGUAACUGAUGACUACAAUGAAAUAAUACGUCUUCCUUUUUCUCGAAAGCUUUUAUAUGGAAUAGGACAUGUUUUAAAUGACAUUUGUGCUUCAAUGUGGUUUACAUAUUUGUUAGUUUUUUUUCAUUUGGUACUUGGAUUUAAUUCAACUAUGGCUGGAAUAAUUUUACUUAUUGGUCAAAUAGCAGAUGCUUUAGCUACUCCUUUUAUUGGUUUUCAUUCUGAUAAGAACGAUAAUUUUUGGUUAUGUAAAUAUGGGAGAAGGAAAACAUGGCAUUUAAUAGGUACCCUAUGCAUACUAUUUGCAUUUCCUUUUAUUUUUUCACAUUGUAUCGGAUGUGAAACUUCUCACGAAUGGGCUCAAUUAGUUUAUUAUGCAGCAUUUGUCAUAAUCUUUCAAUUUGGUUGGGCCGCAGUACAAAUAUCUCAUUUAUCUCUAGUUCCAGAACUUACACCUUUUCAGUAUGAAAGAACAGAACUCAUAGCGAUAAGAUACAGUUUUACUGUCCUUUCAAAUGUUUUUGUUUACUGUAUUACAUGGGCAGUAUUACAUAUAACAAAUACUAAGGAUUCAAAUUCCCAAAUUGGGCCUGAUGAUGCAAAGAAAUUUCAAGAAGUUGUAUUUAUUGGAAUUGGAGUCGGAACUAUAACAUCUAUUUUAUUUCAUAUCUUUGUUAAAGAAAACCUUGUCCAUUGCAUAGAAACGCAAGAACAGUAUUAUUACUAUUAAAAAAUGUCCAAUUAUAUCAAGUAGCUUGUAUAUAUAUGCCUACUCGCUUAUUUAUAAACUUAUCACAGAUUUAUAUUCCUUUGUAUUUACAUGAAUCGUUAAAUAUGCCAGCUACAUCUUUAGCUACUAUUCCUUUAAUAAUGUACUUGAGUAGUUUUGUAAUGUCUUUAAUUAUAGAAAGAUUGAAUACAAAACUAGGUAGAAAAAUUUCAUACUGUUUUGGUGUUAUAUUAGGUAUAUGUGCUUGUAUUUGGAUACAAUUUGGUACUGAUUUAACAUAUACAAAAUAUCAGAUCUAUCCGGUAUCUUUGAUAUUAGGAUCUGCAGGUUCUAUUAUGUUGGUGACUAGUCUUGGUAUUACUGCAGAUUUCAUAGGUCAAAAUGUUGAUAGUGGUGCAUUUGUGUAUGGUGUUAUGAGUUUUGCAGAUAAACUUUGUAAUGGAUUAGCAGUCAUGCUUAUUCAAUAUUUAAGCUGUUGGAUUGAUAAUAAAAAUUAUUAUAAAAAUGUUUUAGUUUAUGUUUGUGCUACUUCUGCAAUAUUUGGCUUAUUAAUGAUGUUAUGUACAAAAUCGUUUCAUCAUAAUGUAGCAUAUAACACAUUACAUUCUGAACGUAAUAUAUUUAUUACUACAGCAAUAACAGAGAAUGAACCUUCAAUAAGACCAGAAAAUGUUACAUAAUAUUAAAAAAAAUAGCAUAUAAUAAUAAAUAUUUAAAAUAAAAUAAAAUACUUUUAUUUUAUUUUUAGUAUUUUUUAAUUAUUAAUAAUAGUAUGUAGUUUGACUAUUAUCAUUAUAAAUUGCUAAAAUGUUCGCAUUAUAAAUUUAAUAAUAUAUUUAAUAAUAUAAUUUUUUGGUUUAUAAAAACUUUAUAUAUAUAUUUUAAUAAUAUAUUAUAAUGUAAGUAUUUAUUUAAAUAUUUUUAUUUUUGUAUUAAAUUAACUAUUAAAACGUAAUUGGAAUUAUACAAUAACCUCAUUAGAUAAAUUCUUGACACCACGUGAUAUGAACCUGUACUACAUUAUAUCUGUUUACUAUUGCUUUACGUUUUAGUCUUUAUACCUGUUUACUAUUGUUUUACGUUUUAGUCGUGGUAUAUUAAAAUGAUUCAUUAUACACAAAAAUAUUGGAAAAUGUGUUAAAAAUUAAAUAUAUUAAUAUAAAAUAAAUGUAUUUAAAAUGUCUUUAUCAGUGGAAUUAUUGAAACGCCUAAAUACAGACGAAGAACCUUUAUCCAAACGUUUAAAAUUAGCAGAAAAUGUAUUCUCUGCUGUUGACGUACCAAUAAUACAUAAAAAUGAGUUUAUUCUACAAUGGCUUUCUAAUAUGUGUUCUAUAGAUCAAAAAGCUUGGAAUUCGUUAAAAAAUUGUUUAAGUAUUAAAUGUUUGAAUAUUAAAACUGAUGCGAUAAAAAGAUUAUUAAAAGUAUUAAUUGAAACAUUUCAACAAAAUAUGAAAUAUACACAUGAGGAUAUUUUUGAAUGCUGUAGUUCAUUAACUUCAAAUGAUAGGAUUCAAGAAUAUUUUAUUAAUAAUCCAGAAGAUUUAGGACUUUUAACAAAGUCUUUAUUAGAAUAUGUGAAAAACAUUUUUAAAUAUGUUCUUAAUAUUAAAGAAAAAUCAAUAGAAGGAAUAAAAAUUUCAUUAAUUAACAGAAGCAGUGGAUUAAUUCUAACAGCAUAUAAUACAAUAAUUAAUGUCAUAGAAAAUAUAAUACAAAUUUAUAAAUCUGCUUUUUUUACAAAAGAUAGUUUAAGAAUCACAUUUAUAUGCGAUAUCUUAAAUCCUUUAUGUGUUUUAAUUGACCACAAUUGUACUGAUAAUACUAAUAGACUAGGUGCAAUAACACAUAAAUGUAUUCAACAAUUAAUAUUUGGAAGAAAACAUAGUCAAAAUGGAGAAUUUCUAAAAGAUGAAGAUAUAGCACAAUAUAAAAAUUUAUUAUCUAUUUUAACAGAAAAUGCGAAAACAAAAGAUUUUCAGAGUAAUUUAAUGACAUUCACUUUUUUCUUCCGUGUGGCAAUAACUACUUUCAAAUCGGACACUGUUAUAUUAGAUAUAAUAUUAAGAGAAUUAGUGGAGUGUUCUGGAACAUGUAAAGUAGAAAUUUUAAAUGCUCUUUUGAAGUGUUUAAAUGAUGUGAUAUUUAAUUUUGAUAAUAAAGUAUAUAAUGUUACAUUAUUUGAUUAUUGUCAAAAUAUAAUCGAUGAUAUUUUAAUAAGCAAAAGUAUGAGUGAUACAGAUUAUGAUCUUUUAAUACAAUUUUGUUAUUUUAAUCCUCUUAUAAUUGAAAGAAGAGUUAAAGAUAUAUUAAAAAAAAUGUUUAUAGAAAAAUCAGCAUUGGAAUAUAAACAUUUAAUGACAUCUAUUUUGGAUGCUUUUAUACACCUAAGAGAAGAAGAAAAAUUAAUUUCGGCAAUAUUAAUAACUUUAAAAGAUAGUUUGUCUUGUGUAUCACCUACAGAAAAUGAUAUGUGUUUUUCACAUGAAUUCAAAGAAAAAUUAAUGAAAACUGCAAAUAAUAUAACAAAUUCACAAAGUGUAAUUAUGUUAAGAACACUGACAUACCAUUUAAGGACUGAUUGCUUGGAGAUAUUACAAACUAAUAAUAUUAGCACAAAUAUUUUAAUAUUACAAGCAACAGUUGAAUUACUUGUUACAUUGUUAGAUGGUAUAUGUAUUUUUGAAUGUAAUGGAACAUCUACUUCCUACAAUAAAUUUAUCAGUGCUUUUAAUGAUGUAAGAAAUGUUUUAUCACUUUUAUUGAUUGAGACAGUACAUUUAAAUCAUAAUGAAUCAGUUGUAGUAUUAUUAACUGCAAUAUUCUCUUGGAAUGAAACACAAAGAACUCUGAAAUAUUAUAUAUCAAGUACUGUUUUAGAAGAUUUGGUAUUAUCAAUAUCAGAGAAUCAAUGGAAGCAACUGAUUAAAAAAAUUAAAAAAUUUGGUAAUGAAGAUUGUAAAAACAGUAUGAAUAAACUUAUUUUACAACAAAUAAAGAUGGCUCGUACUACGUUAAAUGAAUCUUCUUUUAUAUUUGAUAAUUUGAUAGGUGGUUUAGAAAAUUGUUGGAGCUUAAUAUUAAAAUUUGAUACAGAAAUAAUACCGUCUUUGAGUAAUGAACAAGUUUUGAAAUUAACACAUUUAUUAUUAAUGGAUAUGACUUCUACUGCAGAUAAUUUUAACGAAUGGGUGAAAAUAUUACAAAAAAAUGAUUUACAAGAAAAUAAAAGAUUCAUUAUAUUCAUAUUAACUUCUAUUUUUAUACAAAUUGGAUAUUUAACAACAGAAAGUGUAACAGAAUCUAUGAGUAAAUAUUUUAAUGCAGAAUUGUUAUUUGAAACUGAAAUUGUUGAAUGUGACAAAGUAAAUGACAUAUUAAUGUCUUUGAAAGAAGAAUUAUUAGUAAAUAAAUGGACACAAAUACAGAACGUAGUUUUAUGUAAAAUUAAAGUAUAUUUAGAAGCAUUAAUCCAUUUACCAUUAAUAUUUUUGAAUACUAAUCUAAAAACAAUAACACUUAUGUACAUAUUUGCUAUUAGAAUGGAAUGUAAUCAGAGUAGUGAAAUAGUUCUUUUAUGCAAUGUAAUAUUUUCAGAUCUCUUGGAAAGAUCUAAUAUUGAUGUAUUUCAAUAUAUAGAUCCUUUUUUAUUAUUACAAUUAUUACCACAAAACAAAACAUUUAAAAAACUAUUGGAAUUAUUUCUGAAGAAUUGUUCAUAUAAAAGUUUAAAAAGAUUAAUAAAAUCUUUUAGUACUUGUAAUAAGAACAUAUAUUUUUUAUUAGAAUCUAUGGAACGUAUUAAAUCAAAAUUAGAUGUUGACCAAAAAAUAAUAAUUAAAAAGGCUAAAAAAAGAGUAAUCAAAAUUGUUACAAAAACUCUAUCUUUUAAAAUAACGAAUUUAGAUGAGAUAAAAAUAUUAAAUUUACUAUUAAGGAUUAGCAUUAAAAAUGAAAACGUUGAUGAAAGAUUAAAGGCCAUUACAGAAUCAGCAAUUCAAGAUAUAUUUGUGAACAGUGAAAAUAACAAAAUUACAAAUGAAUUGUUGCAAGAUGGUUUACAACUCAUGGUUGUUAUUUUACAUAAUAAAAAAGUAUUUCACAUUACAAAUCAAACUACAAAAGCAAUGUGGAAUACUUUAUUUAAAUACCCAUCUAUAGAUGUACUUUCACCUUUAUUAGCAUCAAGUGAACUAAAAGAAUUUUCUGACUUUACUAAAGAAUUACAUAAUCGAUUGGUUGAAGCACUUUUAAAUGCUGAAGAAAGUGAUGUAGAAAAUAUUUGUUUUAUCUGGAAUGCUAUAUUAAAAACAGAUAUGUCCAAUGAUCGGAAUAAAUUACGUUUAACAGCUAUCAAUAAUUUAAUUCAAACGAUACAAACUGUAAACGUAUUAGAAAAAUUUUGGCCAAAUUUAUUGAAAUUAAUUUAUAAUAUUCUUGCUACUAAACAUUUGUAUCUUCCUGGAUACAUUAUUGAUAUGAGUAUAAUGCUUAGUUUAAAAUCGUUGCAAGAAAAUACAAUAGUAAUAUGUAGUGAUACAUUAGCACUAUGUAAUGUAUUGCUAAAAAUGAGAACAAAUCUAAUUAAUGACAGAAUAUCUUUAUUAUUGACAUUAUACAGACAAGUAUCAAAUAUUUUUGUACAUAAAUCCAAAUUUAUUAUUAAUAAGUCUGAAGAACGCACAUUUAAGUGUGUUGCAUUAGAUAUUGAAAAGUUUACAAGUUCCUUAAUAAAAUUAAAGAAAGAUAUGAUUCGACUAAGUCCUUAUCUAAUAGCAGAUUUGUUGAAAUUAUUUUCACAAAGUUCAAUACCAAAUUUUGUUAAGGUUUCUAUGCAACAUUGUAUAAAUCAAUUAAUCAGUGUAUGUGACCAACAUGGAAUUGCUUUAUUAUCGCGAAUACUACCUGUUUCGAUGCAAGAAAUUUUCAAAAUUCAAUUAGAUACAUGUAAUAAAUUUUAUAAAUUUAUUGGAAAAAUUUGAAUAAUCAUUGUAAAACAAUAUUCACAAAUUUAUAUAUAUAUAUAUAUAUAU